AUGUCUCUUCGCUGCAGCAGCAGCAGCAGCAACAACAGGAGCAGCAGGAAAAGCUGUCUUAGGUGUACAGCCACCUCAAGCAGCAGACUUGCAGCUUGCCUCGCUGCAGCAAAAUCUACACACAGGGGCCUGCAGAGCUGGACCCUUCACUUGCUGUUGCUGCUGCUGCUGCUGCAGCUGCUGCACAUCCCCGCUGCUGCUGUCUCGCUGCAGCAGGAAGUAGGCGUUACCCCUGUGUGGGGCGUUCCACGGGCGCUGCACACAAAGCCAGCAGCAGCAGCAGCAGCAGCAGCAGCUGAGCCGCAGCAGCAGCAGACUGCUGCUUUCCUUGUUGCUGCCCCCACACAACUGAGGAGCAGCGUGAAGCUGCAGCGAGGCAGCAUCCAGCAGCACGACGUAGCAGCAGCAACAUCGGGAGCCCCAGCGCCAGCAGCAGCAGCAACAGCAGCAACAACAGCAGCAGCAACAACAGCUAGAAGACAAACUCGUCUGUUCGGGAACUGCUGCUUCGCAGGCGGUGACGUUCGGUCGGUUAGCUGCAGCAACAGCAGCAGCAGCAGCAGCAGCAGCACGAACGAACCAGCCGCAUCCUCCCCUUCCUCCGCAGCUGCUGCAGCAGCAGCAGCAGGAGGUGAAGAUACACCUAAAGUGCCGCGUGUGGGGCCCUCUACUGCCGGCCCUAGGCCUGACUGGUUUCACGUCCCUGCCCCCAGGGGCCCUGGGUCGCGCUACGCGCUGCUGCAGCAGCAGAUUCGCGGUUUGAAGCUGCAUACAGUUUGCGAAGAAGCUAAAUGCCCCAACAUCGGCGAAUGCUGGGAAGGAGGCACUGCGACUUUGAUGCUGUUGGGCGACACCUGCACCCGGGGCUGUCGGUUUUGUGCAAUAAAGACGGCAGCUAAACCCCCGCCUCCCGAUCCCCUUGAACCCCAAAAAGUAGCAGAGGCUGUCGCUCAGUGGGACAUCGAUUACGUCGUGCUUACCAGUGUAGACAGGGAUGACAUGCCGGAUGGGGGAGCCGCCCACUUUGCGGAGACAGUGAAGUUAAUCAAAGCGAAGAAACCCUCAAUUCUUGUCGAAUGCCUCGUCUCAGACUUCCAGGGCAUGCGCUCAUCUGUGUCUACAGUUGUACAUAGCGGGCUGGAUGUGUAUGCUCACAACGUGGAGACAGUUCCUAGGCUGUCUCCUUUUGUAAGAGAUAGGCGGGCUUCAUUUGAUCAAUCUUUAAAAGUAUUAAGACAUGCAAAGUGUGAGAAAGAAGAUAUAUUUACAAAGACUUCGCUAAUGCUAGGUCUAGGAGAAACCCCUGAAGAAGUACUUCAAGCCAUGCAACGAAUAAGAGAAGAAGCAGACGUAGAUGCACUUACACUCGGCCAGUACUUAAGGCCUUCAAAGCAGCAGCUAGGGGUUGUUAGCUUUAUAACCCCACAACAAUUUGAGGUGUAUAGGCAGCAAGCUCUUGAUCUAGGCUUCAAAUAUGUUGCUGCAGGACCCCUUACUCGCAGCAGCUAUAAAGCAGCUUAA